AAAAGUGCAACUCAUCUCCUAUUCUUUUACCUUCACGUUUUUUUACCCUUCUCAGUAAUUUUAAUACUUCCGUAACUGUAAAAUCCUACUUCUCUAUCUUCUUUGCUGCGAAUAUAAAAGGGAUACCAGGCUUCCAUUUUUGUAUACCUCAGGCUCAGGCUCAGUAUGCACUUCUAAAAGCAUACCAAACAGUCAACCAACUAAACAUUCCAAAUCUCGUUACCAGAUUCACAUGGAUUCCUCAAAUUUUUACUCUCCCAAUUCUGAUUUCUCAUCGGAAUCUUCUUUCGGAUCGCCGGAAUCCUUCUAUAGCCCAUCGUUUAACCAAGAUUCUCUCCCUUUCAAUGAAAAUGAUUCCGAAGAAAUGCUUUUGUAUGGACUAAUUUCAGAGGCAACGCAAGAAACGUCAAAAAUGGAUUAUUCGAACAAAAAAAUCAAAGAAGAGGAGGUGAGUUCAAUAAUAAAACAAAACACAAAGAAGGAAAGCAAAUCCUUCAGAGGUGUAAGGAGGCGGCCAUGGGGAAAAUUCGCGGCGGAGAUAAGAGAUUCAACUAGGCAUGGAAUAAGAGUAUGGUUAGGGACAUUUGAUAGCGCAGAGGCAGCUGCUUUAGCUUACGAUCAAGCUGCUUUUUCAAUGAGAGGAGCUGGGGCUGUACUGAAUUUUCCAGUUGAAAGAGUAAAAGAGUCACUUGAGGAUAUGAAAUACAGCCAUGAAGAAGAUGGCUGCUCACCUGUUGUAGCUCUUAAAAGAAAACAUACUAUGAGAAGGAAAAUUAUGAGCAGAGCCAAGAAAGAAAACGUCGUCGUUUUGGAAGAUUUAGGUCCUGAUUACUUGGAGCAGCUUCUUUCUUCCUCUGAAAAUGCUACACCUUGGUCAACCAAGUUCAUCUAGACUUAUUUGCUUCAUCUUUAUCUUUUUGUCUCACGUCAUUGCAAUGGUUGGAGAAACGAUUGUUUUUUUGAAUUUAGGUGUGUACCUUGAUAUCUUUUUUUUUUUUUUUUCCCUUGUAAAGUUUAUAGGGAUUUACUAAUUAAAUAUUGUAGUAAUUAAUCUUGUGAGUUUCAAUCACUGAUUUAAGUAUCAAUUCACAAGUUCCAUCUUCAUGUUGGAAACAGAGGACUCUGUAAAUUAAACAGAG